UUUUUAUAAAAUGAAACAGGCGCGGCGUCGUGCAGCCGUUGAAUGACGGAAAACGAUCGCAGUCUGGUCUGCCGCAAAAGGAUAAAUUGCACCUGUGGAUGGGAGGUAAAGUUCGGUUACGGUGUGGCUUUCACUCUGGCCGUCUUCGAGGCGAAGCGUCUCCUCGUGCUCGCCUUGGAGAUAUUUGCGGAAUGGCAGGUGAUCCGUAUCGCAGGUGGCUUCCAACCGGUUGCCCUUAGUUUGGCGGACGUAACUCUGGGAUUGCCGUGUGCCCUUAUCACCGUACGUACUAUACGCAGGCGCAAAUCAAAUUUUCAUCCAAAGACUACGGAGAUGCUGAAGUGUCUUUUUAUAAUGAUAAUUGUGUGUACCGUCAUGAAUACGACUACAUUAGCUUUGAUAGGAUACCACAUCAGUGUAAGACAAGAAACUUUAAUCAAUAUCUUCAACGCUUCCAUGCAUCUGUACGCCACUACUGCGUCGUAUAAAUACGCAAUCGACGAGAUCCAAUUCGUGUUACAAUGUUGCGGUCACUCCUCUUAUACCGAUUGGUUUCUCUUCGACUGGCAGAAAGUAGAUUACGCGUCUCGAGAGGAAAUGGCGGAACAAGAUAGAAUUUCAGACGAAGACUACAGAAAUCUCGGAGUUCCUUUUAGCUGCUGCAAUUUGCGCGCUGUGGCACCUUGUAUGCACUUAGAAAUGACGGAUGACAAAACGAUAAACGUUAACGGCUGCGCGGAAGUCAUCAGUCCUAUUCUUCUCAGAAUCGUCAUAGUCGCUUACAUUAUGACCAUCACUGUGAUUGUUAUACAAAUGCUAUUAGCCUUUUCAAUUUUUAGAAUGGCCUACAGAUUUGUUCCCCUGCCAGCGUCCUUUCCGCGGGUAAGAUGUUCCGCUGCGCCAUUUUCUAUUACGAACACAUCGUCAAGGACCUACGUGCCACGACUUUUUUCAUUCAAGAAGUAUGCUUGGCACAGAAGACCGAGCAUGCACUAUUGUCCGUUAACGACUAAAGACACUUUCAUCAAGGAAACCCGGAAAAUUAGACCGCCUAAGGCCAGAUGCAGAUAUUCUAUUUUGAAUCACGGAAAUCGUACAUGUGAUGUGGCUAAGAUUAAACCGAGCGUUCACGAAGAGCAUAGAAUAUCCAUGGAAUGUCUUCGUAAUAAAUGUGCGCGUUGAAGCCACUUUGCACUAACGAACCGUAGAUCUUCGAAACGAUUAAAGCGACGGCUGUCUUUCGGACAAACGCGUAUUAACGAUUGCAAAACGCUAAUUGCUACGAUUAGAGGUAAGUUGUGUCACUAGCUAGGCAAUGAGUAAUGUCGUGGGAGACGAGUAAAUUUUCUGGUUUAAAAACAUCGAGACAUUCGGAAUU